GGAUCUUAUCCAUUUUUGAAAUUUAAUGAUCAGUAUGACAAUUUGUUUGAAGAUUUACUGAAAAACCUUUUUUUAGUAGCUUUAAAUGAAUCACAAACUGAAUACAUGCUAGACGAAAAGAUCUUAGCUAAUAAUAAUCACGACGAAACAAACUCUAGUAAUUCGAAUGCUUCUCUUAAUGAAGAACCUUUAGAUAAUUUAAAUACUUCUGAUAAAGAAACUUCAACUAGCUCAUGGAUUCUUAAUAGCAAAACCUCAAAUAAUUCAAAUAUACUCAACAAAGAAACUUUAAGUAGUUCAGAUCUUUUUAAUAAAGUUUACGAUGAAGAAGUUUUAG